GGAAUUUCACUGGGUACAUGCCCUAAAAUAGUGCUUCUUUUGUUUUUUUACAGUAAAAUAUAAUUACAUUAGGGCAGCACGGUUUGACAAGGUAGGACAAUUCGACAGAACAGGCCCACAGUUCCCUCACCUCCUGCGUCUGGCCCCAUGACAAUAUUAAAAUAACCAAAACGAGACUAAUUUUAAAAGUCAAAUAAUUCCUUUCCUGCUCUAUACGCUACAAAAUCUGGAAGAAGAUUUUGUACUGGAAACUGGGACAUCUCCCUGAUUUGACUGACUUUUUAAAAUGAUUAUUUGGCAUAUGAACUGUAGCUAUCCGAGUAGUUUAGCAUCAUAGAUAACUAUGUACUUUGAGUAUUUAAUGAUCUAAAAACUGGUAAUGUAGCAUGUUAGCUAGAUAGAUAGCAAUGUAGAGAUGGAGCUAGACAAGUUGCUAACUAACAAUUUAGCACGCUAACACAAUUAGACUAUCCCCUUGUCUGUGGUGUAGACGAGCUUUAAAGGCACAGAGACACGCUUUAAUGCUGGACUGCUGGCCAGAUGAGGAGCCAUGCUAUGGACCAGUAUAUUUAUAUGAAAGGUACACAGGGAGAGGGCUAGUAUGGUGUCUCCUUUGUGCAUCUCUGCCCAGAUGUCCUGUCCAGUCUGGCUGCUACUUUUCUCCUAUUCUAUACGGAUUACACCUUCUGUCUCUGAACUAGUGUUCACCACCAUACCCAAGGAUGACAUUGGUAUUCUGAACAAACCGUUGAUGUUGCACUGUGCAGUCUAUGACACCAGUCCUCAGAGGGUGCUACCAGUGAAGUGGGAGAAAGACAAUGGUGGCCUGGGUGAUGGAGUUCAUCAGAUGGCCAAUGGCUCAUUGUUCUUUGCCCAGCUUCAAGAGGAAGACCUGGGAGGGUACAUCUGCAGUGCCAAGAGAGGAAACAAGCAGAUCAGAACCGUUGUCACGGUCGACAAAGCAUAUUUGGAGAACGUCUUUUUCAGUCCUCAGUCCCAGACUGCUAAUGAGGGUCAGGAUGUGUUUUUCCAGUGUGUGUCUGGGGACAGCUCUCCAUCUGCAAACAUCUCAUGGCUGAAGAAUGGCAAAGCUUUCACCAAAGGCACUCAGAUUCAGGGUCAAUACGGAGGGGGCAGCCAGAGAAAGACCUCAGGCACUUUGCACCUGGUUAACAUCACCAAAGCAGACCAAGGCAUUUACGUGUGUCUGACCAACAAUCCUCUUCUGAACAUAAGCAGAGAGAGCGCUGCUGCCACUCUAACCGUCCACUCUAACCGGGUCAGUGCAGGGCUUGAGAUCACUCAGAGUCCUGAGAAUCUCACAGUUCCUGCUGAAACAGAAGCUGCUCUGCACUGCGUGGUUCAGGGCUUUCCUGCUCCAGCAGUGCAGUGGUUUAAAGACGGCCAGGUGUUGCCCAAUACCUCUCGAUGGGACCUGCAGGAUGAUGGACAACUGCUUGUGUUUGAGCGAGUUUUGCCAGAAGAUGAAGGAUUCUAUCACUGUGAGGCCAAUAACGAGAAGGAAAGACUGAGAUCUCGGCCAGCAUAUCUCCUUCCUGCAGUGAUGGACUGGACAUUUGUCCUCCAGCCAGUCAAUAAGACCGUAAGAAAAGGAGACUCAGUGACCCUGUCCUGCAGACCCCCACACAGCAGACCCCCUGCACAGGUCUCAUGGUUUAAGAACAAUCGGCUCCUCCGGCCCAGACCGCACCUUAGCAUGGAGCCUGCUGGAGACCUGCUGUUUCGCAGUGUGCAAGAGACAGACAGGGGAUAUUAUUUUUGUCGGGCAUCAAAUUCUUAUCUCCAAAGGGCUGUAACCUCGAGAAAAAUCUUCCUGGAUGUUUUGGCUCCACCAUCUGUGACUAUCUGGCCCCUGGUAGUGACGUCCACAGUGGGAGAAGAGGUGCAGAUCCAAUGCCAAGUGUCAGGGCACCCUGUUCCCUCUAUAGAGUGGACCAAGCAGGGGCGUUCGCUGAGAACAGGAGGCAAAGUUUCCAUAGGGGUCAGAAAUGCUACUCUUUAUAUCUCCUCAGUGAGAAUCUAUGAUGAAGGUUUUUACACAUGUUUAGCCACCAAUUCUGUGGGACAGGACAAGAAAACCACUACCCUGCGAAUAGCUGCAGCAAAGCCGGUCAUUGUGUCCUUCGUGGGGUCAGUGAACGUAUCCGAGGGAGCCACAGUCAUUCUCCCGUGCCGAGCUGUUGGAAACUCACCACUGAAGUACACCUGGAGCAGAAGUGCCCUUUCCACUCCUCUCUCACUUUCCUCAAGGAUGCACACUGAUGAUAAUGGAACUCUCUACAUCUCCAGUGCUCACCACUCAGAUGCAGGAGACUAUUACUGCACUGCUGAAAAUAACAUUGGUCAGGAUAGUCGAAAAGCCGUUAUAACAGUGUUGUCUGCUGAUCAAGAAGAGGACAUAUCGUCUGCAUCUCCAGAAAUCAAGCCAGAAGAACCAACCAAUUCCACCACUUACAAUUUAAGGCUUUAUAAAGACGAAGAGAAGACUAUUCACCAAUUAUCAAACACCACAUCUGUUGAUGUUUAUGAGAAGGAUUCGCCAACACAUUCCAUUAAUAUGCCUACCACUGACAUCGCCUACACAAAUACUACUGACCAGGAAGACAUGGCCAUAAAAGAAAAGCUGCAAGUUGGACCACACAAACCCUUAAACAGACAGUCAGACAAUACAGAUAAUCCUACAAAUCGUAUCUCACAGCAUCCAGCUAAGCCAACCCUGGAUCCAAGCCUAAAAGUCCAGCCACAGUUUGCAUACACCCAGUCUUCUGAGGACAUUAGUCAACUUCCAGACGAUCAUUUGUUCUCCAGUUCAGUGGCUCAGGCCCUUCAUGGUCUUACUCAGACACACAGCGCUAAAGGUUAUAGUGUAAACAGCAUUACUACCACAUCCUCUCUGCACGUACACCAGAACUGGAUUCAGCCCACUACUAAACAACUUACUGCCGCCACCAAGGCAGCGCAAACAAAUAAUACAGAGCUGGUCGAAACAAUGAAGAAAAACACAUCAAAGGCUCCCAUGAGGACCACUGACAAUAAUGCUAGGGUAAAGAAAAAAACUCACAGUUGGUUGCCUGUGUUAGAAAAACACGACAUUCCCAUUGUUGUAGGGGUGGGAGUUUCCUUGGCAUUCAUUUUCAUCACUAUGGCUUUCUAUUCUUUGUUUCGUAAAAACGACCCUGAAGCAAAACCCACAGGACGAGCAGCUUUGAGAGGGCUUGGUGGUCCAUGCAGACAAGGUGAAUGCCUUGCAGUUGAAAGAACAUAUGACAACAAGGCUUUUGAAGAUGACAACAAUAUGGUUGCAGUUAUUGAACAGAGUCCAAACACUUCUGAGACGAGAGCCCAUCCCCCUGCGUCAAGUCCAUCCACCUUGUUGAUGGAACCCUCUUACGAUGAUGUCAAUGAGGACAUGCAGCCCUCCCAGGGCCUACCAGUCAUCGUAGAGACACACUCCGAGCCCUUGGAGGAGGACCAGUUGGAAACUUCAUUUGAGGAAGGCAAGGCCACUCCCUCCCCUCAGUCAGACAUCCAGCUUCACUGCAUGGAAGACUGGAGGAGUCGCGAGUUCGGACAAUGCCAGGAUGCCCCUUCCCCUCCCCCGCCCAACCCUCCAGCCCCUCAUGAGGAGGGUCUCCGCUCCUCACUGACCCUGCAGACCAGUGAACCCUGCGCCACCCCAGUGCACCACAGCAUCAGCAUCUCCCACGGCUCCUCCCCUCUCCUCCUGUCCCACUGCGUGUCCCUGGGCAUGACCUCUGUGGCUGUGGAUGUUCACUUCUACCCCUCAGCGUCCACCACUGGGGGUCCCAAUGGCAGCGCUACUUUUGGGGCUUCAGGGCCUCAUACCAGUUCCAGACUCGAGCGUGAUCAAAUGGCUCCUUCUGCUCACCAUGGGAAGUGAAAAGAACUGGCCCACCAGAGUGCGCCUUUAAGAAGAUGGCAUCGUUGUCAUAACAAAACUUUAGUAAAAAGGUUUUAACAGUAGAGCAAAAUGUGCAACGGAUGAACCUCGCCAUCCAGAUAGAGUAAAUUUGAUUGUGGUUGGAGGAAAAGUAUAAACAUAUAUCAUUUCACCCGAUCCGUCGCACCUGCACGCGUCACAUCACACUCCAGCAAGAACAUAUCAUGUUGUUUAGACUUAUGUAGUUUAGUAUGAGGAUGAUCCAUGUAGAGACUCAAGAGAACUUGAGCCAAAUGUCCAAAUAAGCUUCUUUAAUAUAUUUACAUUGUACUAAAAUACAUUCAUUUUCAAUGAGCAUAUAUGCAGCUGAAACAUCAACAAUAACAUUUUAAUAUAACAUAGUCAUAUUGGCUUUUAGAAAAUGUU